AUGCCGCCCAAGGACAUGUCCCCUGCUCCCUCCCUAUCCCGCCACUCCUCUUUGGUCGAACGUAUCUCAUCCGCGAUACCACGCCCUCGCUUGACAAGUCUCCGCUCGCGCAAGUCGAACUCCUCCAUGUCAUCUGUAAACGCCAAGGCCGGCAGGAAAUCCAACGGAAACUACACACCUUAUGCAGUAUACCAGCAGACCAUGUUUCCAGCCAUCCUCCGCGAUGCAGAUGCAACCGCAAAGCUCCUCGAGACCAUUCUCGACAGCCCUUCCGGGCGUCGCUCGCUGUACCGUCUUGCGCGCACAUGCAAAGCCCUGAAGGAGCCCGCGCUCGACUUGCUAUGGCGCGACUUGGAUUCGCUUGCGCCACUUAUCGCUCUCUUCCCUAAUACUCUGCUCAAGCGUGCCCGUCGCCCGGGCCUAGGCCUGGCUAAGAACCCUGUGCCGGAAGACUGGACAGCACUCCUUGCCUACGGGGAACGUGUGCGCAGCAUCGUAUAUGCCGAGAGUGUGGGUAACAUCUCCCCGUCGAUCUUCCCAAUCUUCGAGGAGCUGCGUCCGAGGAAUUGGCUUCUGCCCAACCUCACGUCCCUCACGUGGAAGUCUGAGACGGCCUCGGGACUCGAGCGUUGCCGCCUCUUCUUGGGUCCGGAGCUUCAAAACAUUGUCCUGGAGGUUGGAACGAAGCACCCGAAGCUGAAUGAUUUGCUCGUGGAAGUGGCAGGACAUGCUCGACUCUCGUCCCUGUCCUUCACUCUGCACACCAACCUUCCGGAUGAUUUCACCGACACCUUCCACGAUAAUAUUGGCCUGGAACGGCUCGCCCUGACUGCGCCUGGAGCGCUGUCUUCCAGAGUGGGCAAGUGGGCUUCUAAUCUCCCUGUAUUGCAUAGUCUGCAGCUGGAUCUCACCGGGCGCACGACGACCGCGGUGGAGGGUUUCUUCGACGAUAUUGAUCCUGGAUCGGGAUAUUCCACGCCCAGUUCUGUUGGUGGUAGUGGUGGUACGGACAGCGGCGUUUUCUCUGGUGACGAGCUAGACUUUUCUGAAAUCCGCAAAUCUGCAGUGCGACUGACGCACGUCGGACCAAGCCACACCGCGUUCGCACAGCUGACACAACUGCAGCUGAGUGGUGAAGCUGCGAACAUAGCCAUGUUCCUGAAACACCUCGGCAGUCCGCUCAGCCAGCUUGAGCUUGCAAUGGAUGAUCCGCCGGCUCCAGACGACUGGCAGGAGAUGUGCGCGCUGGUUUGCGAACGGUACGCAAGCUCUCUGCGUGCGCUGCGCAUCGGACCCACGAGCGCGUCGCGUUUCAAUGAGCUAGUCCGUUCCACAUCGCGGGGUGGAGAUGCUCCCGUUCGUCACCUCCCCUUGACACAUCUCGACGCUCUGCCGCAGUUGCAACGUCUCGACAUCGAUCUUCCCGAGUCCGUGGUGUUCCACGAUGCCGACAUCACGCAUCUUGCGCAUGUCUGUCCCGCUCUGGAGGUACUCCGACUGUGUCCCCUCGCACGAUUUCCCCCAAUCACCGGUCCACCAUCCUUGACUCUCGACAGUCUGACCUCACUGACACGUCAAUGCCGUCGUUUGCAUACCUUGGCAGUUGUUGUCAAUGGGCUCGAGGGUUCUAAGGAGACAUUUUCCAUGCGAGAAGUGUCUUCGCGGUCCUUGCUGCGACUGCAACUCGGCCAUUCUUGGAUCAAGGAUCCGCUCCAGAUGGCUAUCCUCAUCAGCCAUCUCGCACCAUACCUUGAAUCACUUAAGUGGUUCAACGAAAAGAAUCGCGCAGGUGUGGUGGAAACCAAUGCUGUUGCAUGGCAGAAGGUCUCGGAAUUCCUCCCGCACAUCCAAGGUGUACGCUUGAUGGAAAGGAGUUUGCAGGAACAGCCACAAUUACAGCCACAGCAGCCGGUUUACGUCCCACCAGAGACUGCCGAAAAGGAGGUCGAUGCCAGCGUGAGCACCACAGAUAGAGGGAUAACAGCUCAGCCUGAGCUUGUCGAGGACUCGGUCCAGGUGGAGGUGGAAGUCGUCGACUUUUCCACGCAGGCAAGGCCAGAGACGUCUGAGAUAUCCAUCGAUGCGACACCAGUCCUCUGUGACGCAGAAGUCAUGGUCGUUCCAGACGUCGCGGAACAGUCUGUAGCCGUCCAUCCAGAUACAUCUGAGAAGGAGGUGGAUAUGGCGCCAUUAGAUGUUCUCGCAAGAUCAAAUGAACUCACGAGUACAGAGGAUCAUUCGUCCCACACCCUCCCCUUCCUCCCAUCAGCCAGCGGCUUGAUCUCUCUCACCUACAUGGUGGUCCGCUUCUACACUAUGCCAAUCCGAUAUAUGUUUUCCUUCAUGCCUUCACUGCCAAAAUUCUCUCGCUCCCCUGCACAAGCAGAAUCGAAGCCAGAUUUUUCAGUACCAGGAGAUAUGUCGCAAGAAGGGAGCGGGAGUGGUGGGGAGAAGCCUGAGAGUCGGAUGGAUGCAAGUUCGUUGGACUACAUCUCCCCUGACACUGACUAUGCUUAUGCCUCUAUGAAUGCUGUCAUUUCACCAGCGGAAACUACGUCUCAGGGAGAGGUAGCAAGAGCGUCCGAGAAGGUCGCGUCGACAGACACGCGUGACAAGCACGUGAGCGCAAGCGGUUCCCAGAAAGGAAAGUAUGAAAGAGACGUAAGCGCGACGCGUAGUCUACCGACAUACCUCAACGUCCAACUCCGUAUCACUAGUCCACUACCUCCGUCUCCCUACAUCAUGGCCGAACCCAGAAAACAGGAGAAAGACUACACGAAGGAGGUUGACGAACUUCUGCUCGAGACCAAGGUACUUGCCCAGUCUGGCAAAUUGCAAGAUGCUCUUGACAAACUCUUUGCGAUAGAGAAGCAGGCCCGUAAUGCUUCGGACAUGGCUUCUACCAUUCGCCUUGUGAAAGAAAUCCUAGAACUGUGCUAUACAGCACACGACCACGCACUACUGAACUCCAGCAUCAUUAAUCUCAGCAAAAAGCACGGCCAGCUGAAGACUGCCAUUACCGCCAUGGUAGAGCAAGCCAUGGGAUGGCUGGAAGAAAUCCGGACACGCGAGGGUACCGAUAAGUGGCUGGAACUCAUUGAGACGUUGAGGACUGUAACCGAGGGAAAGAUUUUCUUGGAAACACCUCGUGCGCGCGUCACACUUCUUCUCGCUCAUUAUCAUGAAUCGCUUGCCAACUCCCCAACACCGACGUCACCACCACCUAAGGAAUCCUUGCAGACCGCUUCCGACCUUCUGUCUGAUCUACAAGUAGAGACAUAUUCGUCGAUGGAACGUCGGGAGAAGACACAGUUCAUUCUCGAGCAGAUGCGAUUGUUGAUCGCAGUCGCGAGGCAGAAGGAUACGGAAAUAGGUCAGGAAGGCAAAAGGGAUUCAAUCGGUGGUGGUGAGGCGGAAUGGGUGAAGGUCAGGGUUGGCGGGAGGAAAGUCAACGAAGAAUUCUUGAAGGACAAGGAAAAUGAGGACCUUAAACUCAAGUACUACGAAAUGAUGAUCCAGUAUGCUCUCAAGCAUAGCGCAUACCUUGACGCCGCGAAGUACUUCCAUAAAGUAUGGGACACACCGUCAAUCAAGGAAGAUGAGAAAGGUCGAGGACUGCAGGCACUCGAGCACAUUGUCUUUUACAUUGUUCUUGCCCCACAUGACAACGAGCAGUCUGAUAUGCUGCAUCGUAUUUUCGAAGAUCCUGCCUUGAAGAAUCUCGACCUUCACUAUUCCCUGGUAAAGUGCUUCACAACCGUGGAGAUCAUGCGAUGGCCAGGCAUUGAGGAGCUGUAUGGUCCCCAUCUCAAAAUGACGGGCGUCUUCAGGGAACCCAAGUUGUGGGAAGAUCUCCACAUGCGAGUGAUUGAGCACAACAUCCGUAUUGUGGCGAAGUACUACACGCGAAUAACUCUGGCCCGCCUAACGGAUCUUCUCGACUUGCCUGCACAACAAGCGGAGGAGACCCUUUGUCGACUCGUUGUCUCUGGCACAGUAUGGGCGCGGAUCGACCGGCCGGUAGGCAUAGUCAACUUCCGCAGCGACAAGAGUGCAGAAGACGUGAUGAACGAUUGGAGUUCAGACAUGAAGCAGCUGCUCAGUCUAGUCGAGAAGACAUGGAUGGGAGUGAACGCUGCUCAUGCCGCGCAGUCGCGAGCAGUGAAAGCGUAG